AAACGUUUACGACAGUUGAACCUUUGCCUAUAUAAACACCCCUUCUCCUGUCCCCAUUGUUUCUCAUCGGAUCAAAAUCAUACAAUUUCUGACUUCCUACGACGCGUAAUUUUAGUAUUCUAAAGCAUCUACAGAUUGCUUUUUCAAGUUCCGAGAUAGCCAAGUACAUGGUUGAUUUGGACGUUCAGAUCCCGACGACAUUCGAUCCAUUCGCGGAGGCCGGGGAAUUAGGAGGCACCGGGAACAAGGAGUAUGUUCAUAUCAGAAUCCAACAGCGGAAUGGAAAGAAAAGCUUGACGACGGUUCAAGGGCUGAGGCAUGAUCUGAGCUACGAGAAGAUCCUCAAGAGCCUGAAGAAGGAUUUCUGCUGCAACGGCAACGUCGUCAAGGAUAAAGAGCUCGGCAAGAUCAUCCAGCUCCAGGGCGAUCAACGCAAGAACGUCUCGCAGUUCCUCGCUAACGCCGGCAUCGUCAAGAAAGAUCAGAUCAAGAUUCAUGGUUUUUAAAGAUUUAUGAAGCCUUUAUAAACAUUAAAUAAAAAAACUCUAGGGUUGGGUUGUGUUCUGUUGUUUUCA